GGUUCAGCUCUGGUCGGAAAUUUAAAGAGUAAAUUAAAUAAUAAUUUCAACGCUCAAUAUGUUUACACGUUGUGCAUUUGGGGAUGACGAGCAAGCUAAAAUACCUCGAAUAAUGACAUUCCGCCCCAGCUACGAAGAAUUCAAGAACUUUGCUUCGUACAUUGAAUACAUGGAGUCGCGAGGAGCUCAUCUUGCUGGUCUUGCACGAAUAAAGCCACCCAAGGAAUGGGUUCCGAGGAAAUCUGGUUACGACAUCGAAAACAUUAAUAUGACUAUACCGGCACCGAUAUGUCAAGUGGUAACGGGAACGCAAGGUAUGUACCAGCAAAUAAACAUACAACAACGUCAGAUGACGCUGCGUCAGUUUAUGGAAAAAGCAAACUCGGAGCUGCAUCAGACUCCACGUCACUUGGACUAUGAGGAUUUAGAGCGGAAAUACUGGAAAAAUAUAACGUACAUAUCGCCUAUGUAUGCGGCGGACGUAAAGGGAACUCUAAGUGAUGAAGAUUUAGAUACAUGGAACAUUGAUCGAUUGGACACCAUUCUCAAUUUAGUGAACACGGAUUACGGCAUAGAGAUUGACGGUGUGAACACGGCUUAUUUGUAUUUUGGCAUGUGGAAAAGCUCAUUUGCUUGGCACACGGAAGACAUGGACUUGUACUCCAUAAAUUAUUUGCAUUUUGGUGCUCCGAAAACCUGGUAUGCCAUUCCUCCGGCCUAUGGUAGGCGCUUAGAGAAGUUGGCCAACGAGACUUUCACCGAUAGCUAUCAGGAAUGCAACGCAUACUUACGCCACAAAAUGACAAUGAUAAGUCCAAAGGUUUUGCGGCAGCAUAAAAUACCUUACAAUAAAAUCACACAGGAGGCGGGUGAGAUUAUGAUAACCUUUCCUUUCGGCUAUCAUGCCGGAUUUAAUCAUGGCUUUAAUGGCGCGGAGUCUACAAAUUUCGCAUCGAAGCGUUGGAUCGAGUAUGGCAAACGAGCGAGUAUUUGCAAGUGUCGCAGUGAUAUGGUUAAGAUAUCAAUGGAGACAUUUGUACGUCGGUUCCAGCCGGAACGCUAUGAAAACUGGCUAAAGGGCGAGGACUACGGCUGCCAUCCGGAGGAGCCCGGAAAAAAUUGUGCAGCUGCUCCGCCAACCCUAAAUAUAUAUGACCAACAAACGAGCCAAGCAGCUAAGUCGAAAGAAAUAUCUCCACAAAAGCGUGGAUGUUCCCUCGCCAUGAAUGCGCAAACUAUAGCUGUGGAAAAUGAUGAGGAAGAUAAAUCAAGUGUAUGCAGCUCCAGUAGUUCGCGCUUAAAGAAAGCAGUUGUAAAGCUACGCAAACUCCCGUCAGUAUCACCAUCACCGUCCUCAGUACGAAAUAAGUACGACUUCAACUCUAUUGCUGCCGCUCAAAUUAAACGCGCGUGGAACGAGUUACCUUGUGAUAAGCCUGGUACAAAUUUGCUAACGAAUGGAAUUGUGAAGAACACGAAACGUAUGCGAUUCCAAACAAAAGAGCUAACCCUCGACGAUGAGGAUUGAAUUGCCUUGUAAAAUUAACACCUAGUUUGCCGAUCUCGCUGUGUUCCGCAACAUAGUCUUAUGAUACUACCUAAUAAUUAAAUAAUGAAUAAUCAAAGUAGCCUUAAUGCAGCCAUAGCUUACAUAGCCAGCCGUAGUGUACGGUAUGUACGGCUUUUGUUCUUGUUCCGUGUUCCUAUUUUUUGUGUAUUUUGUUUGAACAAAAGUUGCUUAGGUCUGUUAGUUUUUAAUCGUACAAAAACACAUGUCUUUUUUCAAAACGCGCAUAUUAAUCAAUUAUGUAAUCCUACGAGUUUUAUAGGUCUUUCAAAUUUGUACGCAUAAGAGGGAUUCAUAUACGUAUCUUCGAUAAUUAAUUUGUUAAUUAAUUUGAUUGAAAUUAUAAAAUUUACUAUACAAUUUCUUUGAAUUCAAAAUUAAAUAGAA